CAAUAUCCUAGUCAUGUCUGCCUAGCCGCAGACAGUCCCAAAUGCCAUUUUCGUUCCGAUACUACCACACUUGACGGAGUCUCGCAGGUGCCGCGAAUGUUUUAAUUGAUGUUGCGCCAAUAAUAGCAACGCAACAGAUCUUGGUGCUCACCCCAACUGCAGUUCGAGAGACAAUGCAACUCGAGGUAGGCUCAACGAGUGGAAUUGUCUGCAGCGUACGAGGUGGGGUAGUGAGAUAUUAAGCACGAAAAGAACCCACCUGUUCGUGAUGAAUGCUUUACGCUCUGCUCAAGUCUUCUUAUUUUGGGUUGUUGUCCCAAGUUAACAAUCAUACCUGUAGUCUUGAAUUCAAUAGCAUUGCCUGCCCCCCAUAAACUAUCAUGGCGCCAGCAGUUGGCAGGAGGUACGAUCUCUUUGCACCGCAAGACAAACGCACGCAUGUCCUCCAAGCCAGGAAUGAGAUGGCCGUGCCAUUGAAUCCCUGGAUGAUGAUCCUCAUCAUCAUCGGUGUCUUCUUAGUGGUCAUCCUCGUCGUCUUCGUCGCGCUGUACUUCGCAAGGAAACGGCGGCGCGCGCGAGAACUGGAAGCACAAGCAGACCCAAUGGCAAUCCGGCGAGAAGGCUUUCGACGACGGAAACCCAGCGCAGCCGAUCAAGCAGAGGCAGAAGAGCUGGAGCGAUCCGUCAUGAUCCGCAAGUCGCUAGCCAGUCGCGCAUCAUCAUACAGCAUCGGCAGCUCGCGCAUCCUCAACAGCCCGCGGAAUUCCCAUCUACUUGAUGAUAUCCCGGCGGAAGAAGCUGAAGGAGAAACGGGGGGACUCAACGAGGAUUGGAAGGAGUGGGAGGCUCGGGUGAGGAAGCAGAGGACGAACUCGCUUGGACAAGGGCACCCAGCAUUGUCGCCGCCAUUGGAGCAGCUUGCAAUACCUCAGCAAUCUCGGGGUCCAUCGCCGGCAACGAUGGUGGCUCCGGGCAGGUCGUCACCGCGGUUGCCACUACCGCCGGCGCCACCGCAGUACGGACGACCUGCAGACGAAUCGCCUGCUCACGCGCGCUGACUGGUUGGUUUUUUCCUGAUUCAUCAUGUAACGGGAAUUGGCGAGCUGCACCGGCUCAUUCCAGGAACUAAGGGCGUUCUUUCUCGCUCAAUAAGAUCGCGCAAUCACCAACGUAGCAUUUCCUGCCGAAGUUUGUCCACAAGUACAAGUCGCUAUAAUAAGCACAACCAUAGCUAUAAUGCUAUAAUCUAGCGGUUUCUUCUGUAUUUAACCUCUCUAUUCUUCCUAAUUUGCUCCUAAAUAAAAGUUACUUUGCU